CACUGCCCAGUGUACUGUGCUGCUUAGGCCUGUGACCUCGGCGUCGUCCUCCUCGACCGCCGCCGCUGCCGCCGCCGCCGCCGCUGGCGGUCGGAGAUGGCGCGCCGCGGCGCACUGCUCCUCGCGGCCCGUGGGAUAUCCUCGUCGCCGUGCCUCGCUCGUAGGCUCAAGCAGACAGAAAGUGAGAUUGUUCGGAUGUUUCAUCCUCCAGUACGUCAGUGUGAGGAGCUAAUAGCAACCGUUGGGCCAAGGUACACACACUCUGUACGUGUCUUGGAUGAGAGGUUCAUUAGGAUUCUCAAGAUUUUCAAGUGGGGCCCUGAUGCUGAGAAGGCACUGGAGGUUCUCAUGCUUAGAGUUGAUCACUGGUUGGUGCGAGAGGUUUUGAAAACUGAUGUUGGGGUCAACGUGAAGAUGCAGUUCUUCAGAUGGGCUGCAAAGAGGAGGAAUUAUGAGCAUGAUACAUCCACAUACAUGGCGUUGAUACGUUGUUUGGACAUAGUAGAGCAGUAUGGCGAGAUGUGGAAGAUGAUCCAAGAAAUGGUACGGAAUCCCAUUUGUGUUGUCACCCCGACAGAGCUGUCAGAGGUAAUUCGAAUGCUGGGGAAUGCUAAGAUGAUCAGCAAGGCAAUUGCAAUCUUCUACCAAAUCAAAGCACGGAAGUGUCAGCCAACUGCACAGGCAUAUAACAGCAUGAUAAUAUUGUUGAUGCAUGAGGGGCAAUAUGAGAAAGUCCAUGAACUAUACAAUGAGAUGAGCAAUGAGGGUCAUUGCUUCCCGGACACUGUGACAUACAGCGCACUGAUUUUUGCUUUCUGCAAACUCGGUCGCCGUGAUUCAGCAAUUCGGUUGUUGAAUGAGAUGAAGGAGAAUGGAAUGCAGCCAACUGUUAAGAUAUAUACCAUGUUAAUAGCUUUGUUCUUCAAAUUGGAUGAUGUUCAUGGAGCAUUGAGUUUGUUUGAAGAGAUGAGGUUUCAGUAUUGCCAGCCAGAUGUGUUUACUUACACUGAGUUGAUCAGAGGCCUUGGUAAAGCCGGGAGAAUAGAUGAAGCAUAUCACUUCUUCCAUGAAAUGCAGCAGGAAGGCUGCAGGCCAGACACAAUUGUUAUGAAUAAUAUGAUAAAUUUCUUAGGAAAGGCUGGCCGUUUGGAUGAUGCUAUUAAGCUGUUUCAGGAGAUGGAAAUGUUGCGGUGCAUUCCUAGUGUUGUAACAUACAAUACAAUAAUAAAAGCACUUUUUGAAUCAAAAUCUCAUGCUUCUGAGGUUCCAUCGUGGUUUGAGAGAAUGAAGGGAAGUGGAAUCUCCCCUAGUUCAUUCACCUAUUCUAUCCUGAUUGACGGAUUCUGCAAAACCAACAGGACAGAGAAGGCCAUGAUGCUACUGGAGGAGAUGGAUGAAAAGGGCUUCCCUCCAUGUCCUGCGGCAUAUUGCAGCCUGAUUGAUGCUCUUGGAAAAGCUAAGCGCUAUGAUCUUGCCUGUGAACUUUUUCAGGAACUAAAAGAAAACUGUGGUACCUCCAGUGCUCGGGUAUAUGCAGUGAUGAUAAAACAUUUAGGAAAGGCGGGACGGCUUGAUGAUGCUAUAAAUAUGUUUGAGGAAAUGAAUCAACUCGGUUGUACUCCUGAUGUUUAUGCUUACAAUGCUCUCAUGUCCGGAUUAGCAAGGAAGGGCAUGCUUGAUGAAGCUCUUACUACAAUGAGAAGAAUGCAAGAGCAUGGGUGUAUUCCUGAUAUCAACUCCUACAAUAUUAUCCUUAAUGGUCUGGCAAAAACAGGUGGACCUCAUCGUGCUAUGGAGAUGCUUUCUAACAUGAAACAGUCUUCAAUAAGACCUGAUGCUGUCUCGUAUAAUACUGUCCUUGGUGCUUUGAGUCAUGCUGCCAUGUUUGAGGAGGCGGCAAAGUUGAUGAAAGAGAUGAAUACAUUGGGGUUCGAGUAUGAUCUUAUUACAUAUUCAUCUAUACUUGAGGCUAUUGGAAAUGUUGAUCAUGAAUAAACUGGCGAACUUUGCUGACGGGCACUAGACGAGUGUUGACUGUGAUCCACAUAAAGCAACUAAUCCAGGCUUCUUUGUUCUUGAAAAAUGAUUCUUUGAAAAAAGCCUUACCUGUUUGACAUAUGUCAAAAGAUGUCCAUCCUGCGCUUAGAUAAAUCGUUGAUGCAAAAUAUUGAAGAUAGCAACUGAUCAAACUGUGAAGCAAUGACUUCCUGAAAGGUUUGAGAUCAGUGAAGCACAAGCCUAACUACUGUAUAUUGAUAUAUUUCUUCAGCAGUCCACGGCCACAUGUGACACAUUCCUGAAGUCCUGUUACUACUCAAAUGGGGCCAACUUCUGAAGUCUGGACUUCCCUUGCAUCAUGAUAGAAUCUAAAGCAUGUAAAGAAGGAUUUCACCAGAAGAAAAUGUAGAGCAAGAAGGCAUGUUUGGGAUCAACACUAUUCUGGAGCUGUAUGUAGCUGCAUACUUAAUUAUAACGCUAUGAUGCCGGAGUGCUUUCUGCUGUGUAAAACCGGCAAAGACCCUUUCAGAGUCAUGUCACCUAGGAUCCGUACUUAUAGUUGUAACCUGAGAUCCAGAGGCGAGAUGUGGUUGAAAUUGUACUAAUACACUAUGAUUAUAUGACUGUAUGCCUCAGUCCCACUGUUGUAGGCUUGUAGCCAUAUGAUCCAUGACAGAUGUGCUUGUAAAAGUUCGUGUUAUUAUAGUGGGCAACCUCUUACUGCUGCAUCUAUAUGCGUGCGAGCAUCAGUGCUUAAGAAGUUAAGAUUUUUUAUCUCCAGCGUGGAAAGUGAACUAAUCAAAUUGUGCACUUGGUUUGGAGUAAUGGAGAUGCCCUGAUAAA